AUCGUGUGUUCUGUCUGUGGUGCCCGCCGGUCAGUGAGUCGGUCUCUGCUGCCUGUGCCACACCGUGCAUGCUGGGCUCACCCCGGUCUGCGUAUGCGAGUGGGAUCCGCGAGCUAGUCGUGGAAUGACAUAUGAAGAUGCUGGAGGCGGAGUACGACUGCGCGUGCCCCGGCCCGCCCCCGCAGUUCCAGCUGCCGCCCCCGCCUCUGCCGCCGCUGCUGCUGCGGGAGGUGGGCUGCAGCGCCGACCACGCACUCUACUCCUGCGACGUCCUGCCGGUGCUGGACGCCGAGCUGCACAGCGGUCCCGGGAUCCCGCCCACGGCGAUGAUAGCGCUGUGCUCGGCUCUGCUGCUGGCCACGGUGCUCGCCGCCUCCGUCCUACUCUGCAGGUACCGCCGCAAGGUGCCGAACCUAGUGACGUCGUGCAAAGCGUCUCCGCAGAACAGGGUGUGCGACGUGUCGGCUGCCAACGAUGUCAUCUACGAAGACCUCACCAACAUCCGACCCAGGCCCUGCACGCAGCCCCUCCAGAUGCGGGACCUCAAGGAGAUGGUGGUGCACCCGGUGCAGUACCCAACCGGCAGCCAAGGCUGCGGAUCCUCUGUGUUCGUCUGCCCUGACCGCUAUAGCAGCGAGGGCGCGUGCACGCCCGUCUACCAGGAAAUAGGCCAAGGCCGCUGCGAGUCGGACCCGGACAGCGAGGUGGCCGCGGCCGCGGGGGCGGGCUCCGAGGACGACUUCGCGGAGGACGAGCUGAGCCUGGAGGACACGAACCCUCCGCGGCACCACCUGUCGCUGACGAUGCCGCAUGCGGUGCCCGUACCGGCGCCGCACGCCGCCGCCGCCCCGCCGCCAUGGCUCGGAUCGCUGCUGAGGUACCACGCAGGCCCGCCCCCCACAGCGCCACCGCCUGCCGUGCCGCCGGUGGCGCCGUACGAGACGGUGCCGGUGCCCGGCUUCUCCAGCUUCCGGCCGGCGCCCGCCAAGGCGCUCACCAGCCACGACUCGGACUCGGGCUACAGCCACAACACGUCGGGCGGUCGCCGGGACGCGCACUCCGCCGUCUCCUAGCGACCGCGCUGAGACGUGCAGCGCCCUCUUAGCAACCGCGCGGGGACACCGCGCUGCCGUCUCCUAGCUACACGCCGCCCUUCUGACAAUGAACAGUGACCCGCAACUGCGGCCGAUAAUCGAUAAGCAGCCUCUGGCAAGUGUACUCUUCCAAUGAUCUUGCAGUGUACGUAAAACGUGUUACGUGACAAUAUAUAUGUCUCUUGCUUGUGCAACCAGCCACCACCAAACUUGUACAAUACAAAGUAUUUACUGAAAUAAUAUCGCAGUGACUCAUGGUUUCAGGCGUCUUAUAAGACAGAAUCUAGUACUCUUCUACUCACCUGAUUACUAGUCAAAAUGCUGUGCAGAAAAACACAGUUCUGUACUCGUUUCACGACGCAGAUCUAACAUGCAAAAACUUUUAGAUAUCGCAAUAAAUUUUAUAACUGUAUGUUAUGUUCAAAAGGAGUUUUGAGUGGGAGGAAUUUUACCUGUGUUAAGCAUAUGUGGUAAAUGCACAUGCAAUUUACUGUGACAAAAUUUAUAAAUGCCAGAGCAGACGCUCUCAGGUAUUUAAAAAUUCCAGAGCUCAUUACUGUCUUUCAGUCAAUCUAACUUUAAGAGAGCCUUGAAAUGUAUCUUCAUGGUUAAAUUCAUAAGUUUUCACAAGAGAUAACAUAUUGUUGAAAAUAUGGUGGAGCUGACUGCCUUUGAAAGUAAGUUUCUGUUUUGUUCUUAUGGGGAUAACUGUAAUUCCACAUGUUUAAGGGAAGACAUUAAUGCAACAUUGGAUAGCCGUGCGGGGUUACCCGAGCGGUCUAAGGCACUACAGUCAUGGACUGUGUGGCUGAUCCCGGCGGAGGUUCGAGUCCUCCCUCGGGCAUGGGUGUGUGUGUUUGUCCUUAGGAUAAUUUAGAUUGAGUAGCGUGUAAGCUUAGGAUCUGAUGACCUUAGCAGUUGAGUCCCCCAAGAUUUCACACACACACACAUACACACACACACACACACACACACACACACACACACACACACACACACACAUUUUUUGCAACAUUGGAUAAUGUUCAAGAAUGAUUGAAAUGGCUCUGAGCACUAUGGGACUUAACUUCUGACGUCAUCAGUUCCCUACAACUUAGAACUACUUAAACCUAACUAACCUAAGGACAUCACAGACACCCAUGCCCGAGGCAGGAUUCGAACCUGCGACCGUAGCGAUCACGCGGUUCCAGACUGUAGCGCCUAGAACCGCUCAGCUACUCUGGCCGGCUGGAUAAUGUUCAUCAGUUACUGUAAUAAUAUCAUAGAACAUGACUGUAAAGAAAUCAUGACAGCUACAUUUGUCAUAAAGUCUCCAUUACUUAACUGAUUUCAGUCCAGGAUCAGAGAAACAAGAUAUUUUUCAUCAUAGAGAUUCUGUGAGGGCAGCUUCUGUGACAACUUAGAGAAAACUUAUUCCAUUUCCCUAUGCACAGCACCUACAAAGGAACAUGUGCAAGCAGUACUUCCAUGCCACACAGUAGUGUAUUUUUAGACAUUUCCAUACACCAUCACAUGUUAUGGACUUCUGAUGUACUCCUCCCUUGUAGUUUUGCGUACAUAUGAACUUAAUGCAUUAAAGAUUUCUACCAACUGUGAGACUUCAUGUGAUAAAAGUAAAAAGAUGCACAUAUGUCUGAGCUAUUAUGGCACGUUUCCCUUACUGAGAAAUUUGUAAAAGUGAACCUGGUUUGUGGGAUAACUGCACCAUUUCGAAAUCUGUGCAUUCAAAUCUGCUGAGAUUAUACCACACAAAACACUCUAUAGACGCUUCUCAUCUCCUUUGCCUUCUGAAGUUAAUUACAUAGUUAAUAUCAUGUGACACUGAUGAUUAAUAUAUUAAAUUCAAUAAGAUUUCUGUUUAUACUUGUUAAAAUCCUUUCUGUAUUUCCAAAUGCAUUCACCAAAUACUCUUCAAUAAUUAUGUGUUUAAAAAUGGCAAUAACAUGUGUAGAGCUAUGAAAUGUUGUUAUUUUCACUACAAUGUGAGUUCCAAUAAUCUUUCAAGCUUUGUGCUUCAUGAUGUAAUUCUGUUUUAGUAGACUGAGACAUUUGAUGCCAGCUAUUGCAAAAUAUGGGGAGCAUUUCACCAUUGAUGCUCAUACACCUAUGUUUGGCAAUAUCAACACUCUAUUCUCUACCAUGCUGUAUAAUAAGCAUUCCAAAACUGUAAUAUAGGAGGACUGUGGAGCAGUUAAUUAGGUCCUCCCUCAAUAAAUAAUGUCGUUGUCUGUGAUACUGUUUUUCUGGACUGUAGCUGUAAAAUUACAAUAAGCAUGCAGGUAUAAAAGGUACAGUAUCAAUAUGUGUGAUUCAUAUUCUUCUGUAACUGGUCUCCAGUGUAAUAUGAAAAAACCAAAUGCUUUUAAAAUUUAAUUGUUAUUAUAAUCAGAAAUAUAAUAUUUAUGUUGCUGUAAUCAUGCAGCUACAAACUGAAUCAUACUUCCUGCAUGUAUUAUAUCCAUAGAGGCAUUCAAUAAUUCUAUCCAGACUAUCAUCCCUUUUUGUUUGUUUUUAAAGCUAUUUACUAUUGUCUCCAUUCCCAUAGGAUUCUAAUUAUAAAUUAUUAAUGAAUAAUAUUUUUUCACACUAAGUCUCUUGUAAGGAACAUUCCUUUCCUAAAUGUGAAAUAUGAAAAGAAAAAAAUACUCCUUCAUAUUUUAGUGCUGUAUACUAUGUUACAUACUAUGGAUAUCCAAAUGCAAUUGCUUAGAAUCUACUACAUUUACUACAUAUUUUUACACAAUUAGCUAGCAUUACAAGAUGCAGUGAAAAAUGUCACAUAAUACUGAGCACCUAAUUGUCCCAAACAAAAAAGGUACUGUGGUACAGAACUUAUACUGUCAGAAUAUUCUUUUACGUAUUUAUAACGACAUUUUGGAUUAUAGUAGCAUGAAAUAGUAGAAUGAUAUGGGCUCAUGAGACAAAUUUUGCAGAAAUUGUGAUUAAGGUACUCCAAAGACUGGUAUAGAAGAUAACUGUUGGCUGUAAACAAGUUCUGAAUGUUUAUGUAAUACUGGAAUUGCUUGCUGCACCAGUAUCAUUGCAGAAUCACAUACUGAAGUGUGCCAUAUAUGAAAGGAAGAUUUGAAAACCUAACUGAAAUUAACAAGCCCUCAUUUUUGUGGUAGAUGUAAGAAGUGUCAUGCUGGUAUAGUUGCAGUAAGGAAAACUCAAUUUUGAUACAUUUAAAUGAAACUAUAUUUUUAAGAAAUGAUUUAUUUGUGACAACUGUUCUACAAAAAUAUUUCAACUAAUUUGGUAACUUUAAUACAUGAAUGGCAGAAAUUACUUCUUGUAACAGCUCUUAUUCAUAUAAGCAAACUGCACCAAAUGUAUCCCAUGUUUUGUGAUCAACUAAUGAAAUUUUAUAUGAUAACGUUUUUUCAUGUUUAAAUGUACCAUAAAUUCAUACCUGUAUACAUUUAGCAGUUCUACAAAAGAACAUUUAUAUGCAGGAACCAGUGAAUUUCUUUAUUUAGGAGAGACAUACAAAGUGUGUUCCCUAUUUAUGCAUAGGGAUAUCUAACAAUUUGUAACUUAAAGUUUACAUUUCAAUGCUCUUCUCUGUGAAACAGCAUUGUUGGUAUCAAUGCAAAGACGAACAGAAGAAGUACCCUUGUUUCUUUUUCCCAAAUGUUUGUAGUGACAGCCUGUCAAUAUUUUAAUUUUGUUGACUGCGUUUUGCUGCUACUGUGCUUAAGUGUUUCAUGUAACAUUCCAUAGUUGUAGAAAACUAUGUAUUUAUCUAUUUUUCAUGCUUUCAUAUGUAUGUAUUCAUUUCAUCAUCACUAAAUAAGAGUGAACUAGUCUGUAAUCACGACCUAUGUGUACAUUUGUA